UUAAAUAUUAAAUCAAAAUAAAUAGAUUAUUGAAAAUAAAAUGGAUCCAAAAUUUGAAAUAUAGCUCAGAGCUUAAGAGUAAGAUUUAUAGGAAUAAAAUUUCUUCAAUUUGGAUAUAAAUGAUCAAUAGAAAAUUAAGGAAGGGAUGGUAAAGGUUAUUGCUUCUGCAUAUAUUAGGUUUAAAAUGGCUUUUAGAGCUUGUUGCUGGAAAGGGUACAGCGAUAAUGAUAUCUAUAUUUAAUAGAAUUUACAAAAAGGCAUCGCUGAACACUAAAAUAAAGUAAAAAGAAUAAAAAAAAAGGUAUAGAAUUUUUUUCAGUCUGAGAUGUCUAUUGAGCCUCACUAAUUUGUGGUUUAAAUACUUAAAAACAGAGAUUAAGUUUAUUCAGGUGGUAUUUUCUAACAUGUAAACUCAUAUGUGCAAAUAAACGAAUCUAUAAAAGAUGAAAAAACAAAAUAUCUCUACAGAGAUGUUGAAAAUAUAGGUUUGAAAAAAUCUGACCAAGUAAAUCACUAAGAGAGUUAGCAAGCUAAGCAAUUAAAAGAAAAUUAGAAAAAAAUUCUUUAAUCAAUAAGUUCUACUUACAUUACUAAAUACACAGAAUUACUUCUCAAAUGCAUAAUUAAAGACAUCCAGUAUUAUUAUGGGUAUAAUUUUCGGGUUCUCAAAAUUUUUUAAAUCGAAUUUGCUAAAAACUCUGACUUCAGAAUUCCUCAUAUUUGGUGGAGCGCAUUUUAAGAUAGAUAUAGGAUGCUAAUUGAAUUUAAGAGAAAUGAACAUGAAAAAAAAAAAAAAUUUAAACUAAAUGUUUUUAAGAACAAUUAUUUUCUCUGUCCUAUUUGCAUUCAGUAUAACUGUAUGAUCCACAAAAGCUGUAACGAUAUCCACUAUCUUAAAAAUGAUAAUUGGACACCACUCUUUGAUAAAAACAUUCCAAAACACUAAUUGCAUAUUGAUAAAAUCAAAGAUUUUUUAACAAUGUAUAAUGGAACUAAUUAUGCACAUAAAUUUAUGUGUAAAGAUCAUGAAUUUUGUUUUAGGAAUCAACUGAAUAAAAAUAAAUAAGAUUUGAUUUCAGUAUAAUAGCAUAAAUUUAAUUGCCUGAAUAAAAGGUGGAUAAACAUGCUUCUUUACUUUGCAGAUUGCUUUACAUUUUAAAAUCCUUGCUUUUUGACUAUCAUCAUUAACAUGAGCACUUCUAAUGAUGAUCUCAAAUUUUAGUGUAAGGAUAUUUAUCAGUACUUAAAAAGUGUUAGACCUCAAUAUUACAGCUUAGAAAGAAUACAAAAUGAGAUAAAUGCCUUUAUUUAAUCUAGAGAAAAGGAGUAUUUAAAAUUGUUAAGCAAAGACUCAGAAAAUAUUUUGGAUGACAAAUAUAUUUAAAAACACUUCUAUCAUAUCCCUGACUAGAAAUAAGAAAUAUUGAAUUAAUUGAAAGAGUUAAGCGAGAUGCUCAAAUGCAAUUACACUCCUUGCUUUCAUACAGGUGUGUGUGAUGGAGAAAAUGGAUGCCGUUGCUAUAGAAAUAGAGAUCUUAUUGAAAAAAUGUAAAAGAGAAUUGAUAAGUUAAAACAUAUUUAAAAGAAAGAAAAAAAGCACACAAAGAAGGUAUUAGAGCUUUCUUUUGACAAUAAUUCUAUAGAUAGUAAUGAAGAAGAUGAUGAUGAGGAAUCUAGUGAUCUUUAAUAUAUGACUUAUUAAGAGAUUAUUAGCAAAUUUUUGCAUGAAUGUGAAAGAUUUUGUGGAUGCCCUAAUUACUGUAGAUCAAAAAAUAAGAAAUUAGGUUGUAAUUGCUUAAAUGAUAUGACAUGCCAAACUGAUAAAAAUUGCUAAUGCAGAAGUAAAUUGAGAGAGUGCGACCCAGAAGUUUGUAGAUGCUUCUGUAAUAGGAAUGCAAGAACAAUAUAAAAAUUUGGACUCAAUAUUGAUUACUGCACUAAUUCUUAAGCCCUUUAUAACUGUAAACCGCGAGUGCUUCUUGGUAAAAGUCUUGUUUGUGAAGGUCUGGGUCUUUUUGCUGGAUAGGAUUUUAAAAAGAACUAGUAUAUUGGAUGCUAUAUAGGAGAGAUCAUAAAUGAAAAAUAAGGAACAGAAAGACAAGAAGUCUAACAGCCUUAAGGGAUUAGUUAUUUAUUUAUGCUUAAUAAGGAGACAGAUGUGGACAGUUUUAGAUAUGGAAAUAAAAUGAGAUAUGUAAAUCAUAAUUGUGGUAGUAUGGCGAAUUGCAAAGUUGAUGUCAUUUAUAACAGAGGCAUCAAUAUAGUUAGAUUCAGUGCUAAGGAAGAUAUUUAAAAAGGACAAGAAAUAUAUUUCGAUUAUAAUAGAAAUUAUCAAAUUGAAUGGAUGAAAUAUUUUAACGAGUACUAUGAUAAGUUUGAAUAAGAAGAAAAGAAAUAGCAAGUCUAAAAAAAAAUAAUAUCUAAAUUUAUAAAGAACUGAGUGACUGAUAGACUGACAAGUAUUAGGAAUUCAAUUAAUCAAAACACAGAAAAAACAAGAAAAAAAUAGCUAUUACGAUUUUUAAAAACUAUAAAAAAUAAUCAAUCUAAUAAUUUAUAAACCAAAUUAGAAUUUAUCAAAAUGUAACCAUAAAAAAAUAAAAAAUUUUAUGUAAAAAAAAUUAUUAUUUUAUAAAAAAUAAAUUUAAACAGAGCAUAUAUUUGUUAAAAAUAAUUAUUUUAUAAAAACUUAAUUUGAACAGAGCAUAUA